CCUUCCCAGUCCACCACGUCUGUGAUAGUGAAAAACAUUCACCAAAAAAGGCAGCCAUGUUGUGGCACCGCUUGACGGUUGUGCUGAUUCUAGUAAGUACACACGUCCAUUGCAAAAGGAAAAAUGUAUUAUUUCUUGUGGCAGAUGACAUGAGACCAGAUCUGGAUGUAUAUCAAGGAAGAGACUCUCCCUCCCCCGUCAGAGAGAAGGUCCACGCCCCAAACUUGAACUCUCUGGCAGGGAAGAGCCUUCUCCUCCGUCGUGCUUACGUCCAGCAGUCAGUGUGUUCUCCCAGCCGCACCUCCCUCCUCACUGGGCGCCGUCCUGACACCACCCACGUGUACGACCUUCACACCUACUGGAGGAAGGCUGCUGGCAACUUCACAACCUUACCCGAGUACUUCAAAAGACAUGGCUACAAUACCCUAGGCUUUGGGAAGAUCUUCCAUCACGGAGACGCAUCGGGAGAUAAUGAUCCAGUGUCAUGGUCGGAGCCAUGCUAUGAAACCAGACCAAAGGUGAAUAGCUUUGCUGAUGAUGGGAAUUCAUGGCGCGCGGUACCAACGUCUCUCUUAAACAGCAAUUCCCUCCAAGACACCGUCACUACAGACAUGGCAAUUCAGAAGUUGAAGUCCAUUGCACCGAAAGCUCGAUCUGGACAGGAACCCUUCUUUUUAGCAGUUGGUUAUCACAAGCCACAUCUUCCAUUUGUCUUCCCGGAGAAGUUUCUAAGCUACUACCCAGAUCAAUCCAUUCACGUACCUCCCAAUCAGUACGCCCCUCUGGACAUGCCCUCUCUCGCUUGGAUCACGUACCCAGAGCUGCGGUAUUACAAAGACAUUGCUGCUCUGAAUGCAACAGGGGCGCCCAAUACAACCCUGCCAGCCAAUGUAGUAAAGAACCUGAGACGAGCCUACUACAGCUGCAUCUCCUACAUUGAUGAGGAACUGGGAAGGGUCCUAGCAGAACUGGAACACCAAGGGCUGGCAAAUGACACAAUCAUAUCCUUCUUUGGGGACCAUGGAUGGCAGUUAGGUGAACACGGGUUGUGGACCAAACACACCAACUUCGACAUAGCUACCCAUGCCCCUAUGAUGAUACAUAUUCCCGGACUCACCGAUCAAGGAAUACCGACAGAAGAGCUUGUGGAGUUUGUGGACCUGUUCCCUACACUGGUUGAGGCAGCUGGUCUGCCGUCUCUUCACGUCUGUCCUGAAGAUUCCUCCAAGGUGGACGUGUGCACAGAAGGACAGAGCUUCCUCCCUUUGAUCGAGCAGCCCAAAACUGAUAAUUGGAAGAAGGCUGCCUUUUCCCAAUAUCCAAGACACUCCCAUGGUCGCCACAAGCUGAUGGGUUACUCGAUGACGACCGGUCGUUAUCGCUAUACCGAGUGGGUCGGAUUUGAUGCUACUCAUUACAAACCCAAGUGGUCAGUGUCUUCUGGUGCGGAGCUGUACGACCAUUAUCAGGAUCCACAAGAGAACAUCAACUUGGUUCAUGACCCUGCCCACAAAGACCUGGUGGUCAAGCUCAGCCAUCGUCUUCACGCAGGAUGGAGGCAUGAGUUGACAACUCAACAUGUACCGUCUAUUAUUGGGUAACUUUCGAGUAAUAAAUAACUGA